CUGAAACACGGGCACCUCGAAAGCGUGACCAGGAAUGACACACUUUUAUUGUUAGCCCUCCUCGAUUUGAAGCCAUGUCUUUCCAUCAGGAUCGUGGGGGUCCCCGGGGAGGAGUGCCUCCUGGCCAGCAUGGUACCAACCAGAACUACAGACCCACCAACAUAAGGCCGCCCCCUCCCCAGCCUCCAGUUUCUUCCUACCGUUAUGAUUCGCAGACUGCCCCCUACAUGCCUCCACACCCUGACUUCAUGCAGUAUCCACCACCAGUUCAAUCCCAAACUUCCAAUUCUCUUAACCAGUGCCCAGUGCGCCCACCUUUCUCGAAGCCCCCCACCCGACAAGGCUUCCCUGAACCGCCACCUAACUUUCCACCUCCUCCCUUACCCGGCUCGGCAGGUGGUCCCGCUCCAAGGGCGCAGGUGUCUGCUCAAAAUGCCUACCACCCUUACAUGAUGCCUCCUGUGCCCCCACCGCCGCUACCACACCCCCCAAUGCCUCCCCCCAUGGCCUCUCAAUCAAUGAACUAUCACGCUCCGUACUCCAUGAACUACCCCCAUCCUCCUCACCCUCCAUUCCCUCCUCCUACCUUCAGCUCCAGCUACACCCAAAGCAACACCCAGUUUCAAGCAGACCACAGCAUCAGGCACGGGGGGCAGUAUAAGUACGAGAAGCCCAUGGACAGCAGGAGGUCCCCAGAAAGAGGGUAUCGGCACGAUGAUCACAGGCAGAAGUGCUUUGGCUAUGGAGGCCACAGCGACAGGCAUAAAAUGGAAUUUCCUGGAGAGAGGAAGGACCGCGGGAGAAGUCCAGACAGGCGCAGCAGGCAAGAGGGUGGGCGGUAUAGGUCUGAAUACGACAGAGGCCGGACUCCCCCCAGACACAGGAGCAGGGAUCGCAGCAGAGAGCGGUAUCGGCACAGAGACAGUCGGAGAUCCCAGUCACCCGACAGGCACAGAAAGAGGCCUCGAAGCCGGUCAACGAGCAGAGACAGGAAACGUGGUCGCUGGGAGGAGGAGAGGGACAGGAGGUCAGAGAGCUCCUCGGGGCUGAGCAGAGAGCGCAGCUUCUCCACCAUAAGGAGCAGAGACUCUGAUGAAGCCUUCAGCGACAGAGACCGAGAGCGGGAGAGGGAGAGAGAGAGGGAACGGGACAGGGAGCGAGAAAAAGUGAAGGAGAAGGGUGAUGACGAGAAAGAAGAGGAAGACCUGCUGAAACCCGCCUGGAUUCGGUGCACCCACGCCGAGAGCUACUAUUCCAAUGACCCCAUGGACCAAGUGGGAGACUCUACAGUGGUGGGAACGAGUAAACUGCGUGAUCUGUAUGAGCGCUUUGAGGAAGAGCUGGGAAACAGACAGGAGCGAGCCAAGGCUGCUCGACCCAAAUGGGAGCCGCCCAAGACCAAACUGGACGAGGACCCAGAUGACAGCAGCAGCGACUCAGACUGUGAGUCAGAAGGCGAAGGAAGCACCUGCUCCAGCAGCUCUGACUCAGAGGUUUUUGAUGUCAUCGCUGAGAUCAAAAGGAAGAAAGCUCACCCCGACCGGCUGCACGAGGAGCUCUGGUACAAUGACCCCGGGGAGAUGAAUGAUGGUCCCUUGUGUAAGUGCAGUGCCAAGGCCAGACGUACAGGGAUCCGCCACAGCAUCUACCCGGGGGAAGAGCCUGUGAAACGGUGCCGUCCAAUGAACAACAACGCUGGCAAACUGUUCCACUACAGGAUCACUGUGUCACCUCCCACCAACUUCCUGACCGACAGGCCGACAGUGAUUGAGUACGAUGACCACGAGUACCUGUUUGAAGGCUUCUCUCUCUUCUCCCACACUCCUCUCACUAACAUUCCAUUGUGCCGUGUGAUCCGCUUCAACAUAGAUUACACCAUUCACUUCAUAGAGGAGAUGGCACCGGAGAACUACUGCGUCCGAGGCCUGGAGCUGUUUGCCUCCUACUUGUUCCGGGAUAUUCUUGAGCUUUAUGACUGGAACCUGACAGAUCCGGAGUCUGAUGGUGAGGUCUCUGGAUGCCCACGUUUCCAUUUCAUGCCACGUUUUGUCAGAUUUCUGCCCGAUGGCGGGAAGGAGGUGCUGUCAAUGCAUCAGGUGCUGCUCUACCUACUACGCAGCAGCAAGCCCCUGGUCCCCGAGGAGGAGAUUGCAGAUAUGCUGCAGUGGGAGGAGCUGGCGUGGCAGAAGUACGCCGAGGAGUGCAAGGGCAUGAUCGUCACCAACCCGGGCAUGAAACCGAGCUCGGUGCGCAUCGACCAACUGGACAGGGAGCAGUUCAACCCAGACGUCAUCACUUUCCCCAUCAUCGUUCAUUUUGGGAUACGGCCCGCGCAGCUAAGCUACGCUGGAGACCCCCAGUAUCAGAAGCUGUGGAAGAGCUACGUGAAACUACGCCACCUGCUGGCCAACAGCCCCAAGGUCAGGCAGAUCGACAAGCAGAAGAUGACACAGAGAGAGGAAGCUCUUCAGAAGAUCCGUCAGAAGAACACGAUGCGCCGAGAGGUGACAGUGGAGCUCAGCAGUCAGGGCUUCUGGAAGACUGGCAUCCGCUCCGACGUCUGUCAGCACGCCAUGAUGCUCCCCGUUCUCACCCAUCAUAUCCGCUACCACCAGUGUCUCAUGCAUCUGGAUAAGCUCAUCGCCUAUGUCUUCAAGGAGCGCUGCCUCCUUCAGCUGGCCUUAACUCACCCCAGCCAUCACCUCAACUUUGGCAUGAAUCCCGACCACGCCCGCAACUCGCUGUCCAACUGCGGCAUCCGCCAGCCCAAAUAUGGCGACAGGAAGGUCCACCACAUGUACAUGAGGAAAAAAGGAAUCAACACAUUGAUUAACAUCAUGUCUCGUCUGGGACAGGAUGACCCCUCCCCUUCCAGGAUCAAUCACAACGAGAGACUGGAGUUCCUCGGUGAUGCUGUUGUCGAGUUCCUCACCAGUGUUCACCUGUACUACCUUUUUCCCAGUUUAGAGGAGGGUGGCCUGGCCACCUACAGAACGGCCAUCGUACAGAACCAGCAUUUGGCCAUGCUAGCCAAGAAACUGGAGCUGGAUCGCUUCAUGCUCUACGCUCACGGACCGGAUCUGUGCCGGGAGUCGGACUUGCGGCACGCCAUGGCCAACUGCUUUGAGGCUCUGAUGGGGGCCGUGUAUUUGGAAGGAGGCUUGGAAGAGGCCCGGCAGCUCUUUGGGAGACUGCUUUUCAACUCUGAGGAUCUGCGGGAGGUCUGGCUCAACUACCCACCACACCCCCUGCAGGUACAGGAGCCGCAGACAGACAGGCAGCUGAUUGAGACGUCGCCGGUCCUCCAAAAACUGACCCAAUUCGAGGAGUCUAUCGGAGUUUUGUUCACACAUGUGCGCCUGCUGGCCAGAGCCUUCACCUUAAGGACCGUGGGCUUUAACCACCUCACCCUGGGCCACAACCAGAGGAUGGAGUUCCUGGGAGACUCCAUCAUGCAGCUGGUAGCCACAGAAUAUCUCUUCAUCCACUUUCCUGACCACCAUGAAGGACAUUUAACACUCCUCCGUAGCUCCCUGGUAAACAACCGCACGCAGGCCAAAGUGGCCGAGGAGCUGGGAAUGCAGGAGUUCGCCAUCACCAACGACAAAACCAAACGUCCAGUCGCGCUGCGGACCAAGACUCUGGCCGACUUGUUGGAGUCUUUCAUCGCAGCUCUCUACAUUGAUAAAGACCUGGAGUACGUGCACACAUUCAUGAACGUCUGCUUUUUCCCUCGACUGAAGGAGUUCAUUCUGAACCAGGACUGGAACGACCCCAAGUCUCAGCUGCAGCAGUGUUGUUUGACCCUGAGAACGGAGGGCAAGGAGCCUGAUAUCCCACUCUACAAGACCUUGCAGACGGUGGGGCCGUCGCACGCGCGCAUUUACACCGUCGCCGUGUAUUUCAAAGGAGAGCGAAUCGGCUGUGGCAAAGGCCCAAGCAUCCAACAGGCAGAAAUGGGAGCUGCGAUGGAUGCGCUCGAAAAAUAUAACUUCCCACAGAUGGCUCAUCAGAAGCGCUUCAUCGAGCGGAAAUACAGGCAGGAGCUGAAGGAGAUGAGACGAGAGCGGGAGCGGCAGGAGAAGGAAACCGAAGACUCGGAAGAAUACAGGAAGUGACAGCACCUUCUUUGGGACAGCCAAUCAGGACCCGGGUCCACAUUAGGGAGUCUUCUCUGCAGAUGUUGCAGCUGUUCAGGCAAGAGUUAGCAAAACGGAGGUGCCACUAGUUGAUCGUGAAGAUGUAGUAAGGAAGAUAGAUGGGUUUUAGGGUAGGGAUCAACUGGGUUGAAGUGACCGUUAGCACAAAUAUUUGGAGUGAAACUAGCUUUGUGGCCAGGAUUUUCAAAGUAAAAGUAGGACAAAGGGAAAAGGGAAUUAGAAAUGAAGCCUCAUGCGUUCAUGUUUUAUGCUGUUUAUCACUCCGGCUCUGUCAAAGUUGGCUUUAUGUUGUCUUAUGUGUAUGUUAAGUAUAGAGUGGAACCUUUUUAAAAACAAAGCCACAGCAGGACCUCACCGUGUUACUGGCACAUGGCAAAAAAACCCAUUUUUUAAAUGGAGUAAGAACUGUUAAAUAAACCAUCAGAGCAUCUAUUGUAAAUAAAGUUUCUGAUUCUGGUCCAAAAAGUGAGAUUUUCUUAUUUAUUUUUUGUAUUAAUUGUAAUCCCCUCCCACUCUGAUCUCUGCUCGGAGGCCUAAACCUCUAAAACAGGAUGAGUCCGUUAUACUCCCUCACUACAGUGUCACCAUCUGUCUCACAUCUGCCACUCAUCCUCUAAUAAUCAAAAUGUGAUUUUUUUUCCCCCCCCUCCUCUACUCUCUUUUUAACCUCUCUCUAAAUCCGAUUGGCUGUCUAACAGAUCUUAAUUAUAGAUUGUCUAAUUAACAAUUUCCUCAGCUCAGUAGCCUCUGGAUCCAGCUAUUUAGCAAAAGCCGUCAUAUUAAUAACUAUCUGACGUCUAGAAUCGGGUCUUUUAUACUGAGAUUUAUUGUAGAUAAUAAAUACAUACCUGUGAGGAUGGUAGCUGUCUAGCUUACUAGCCUGUGGCUGCUGUCACAUUUCAGAUAAAAGUUACAUUUUUCUUCAUAACUAAAGGGAAAAAAGUGAAAGUGGUCCACUAGAGCUGCCACACAGCUGUCUGUCAAACAAUGUUACUCUGAAAGAGAAAACCUCACAGCAGCUGAUUUUUAGAGAGAUUUGAAUGUUUUAUGUAAAUAGUCAGUAAGAACUUCUGCCAAUAAUUUAUGAUCUUACUGAGCAUUUUUGGCUCAUGGAAAACAUAAUAACUAAAAAUUAAUCCUUUUCUUAUUCUUAAAGGUUAAGGCUGUUCUAAAUUUGUUCAUAUGCACAAUUUGUGAAUGAGACCGGUUGUCAUGGCUACACGUUAACGACCAACAACUACAAAUCUAUUUUAAGUUAGACCGGGAGUCUAGGCUGAUGGGACAUUGUAGUCACCCCGCCGGGCAGUCAGCUAUGACACCCAACGUUGUGAAGACGAGAUGUUGCGUGAUUUAAAAUUGAUACCAUAGGUGAAUCUUCAAAUCUCACAAGAGGGUAAGUUUUCAGAAGUUUCCCAAGUCUCUCAUUUUGCAGUUAAAUCACCAUCCUGUAGUAACUUCAGCACUAUUUGUGGAGGAGUUUCUUGUUCAGACUCAGCAGCUGGAUAGUGUAGUGGUAAGACUACACACCUUCAGAGCGGGAGUCACAAGUUCGAUUCCUGGUAUCCAGUAAGGGUCCUGGUUAGACCCCCCCCAUGCUAAAACCAAGCCCUGGAAUGGCGCGGCUAUGUCUGCAGCCUGUCCGCAGCUCAGACACAAGAAUUUCACUACAUGUUGUACUCUGUAUAAUUGUGUAUGUGACAAAUAAAGGUU